AUGAAAAUUAUCAAACUUGAACUUGAAAGUACGAAAAAUGAACUUUUAACAACAAUCGACGAUCUUGAACAACGCAGCGGUAUCAGCGAUAUUACGAAUCAUCUGAUUGAAUUCCAGUCAAAUGUCAAACAAAUUUUGUCUGGUAAUCAAUUAAUUCAAGUCGAAACUUACUUAUCAAAUGCAUCGACAUCUAUUAAUAAUUGGUACAAAAAUAUUUUGACAAUAUCUGAAGGACUGAAAGUUGCUAUUAAUGAAUUAACGAUAGUGGAUUUUGAUUCGUUUCCAUCAGAUGAUAUCAUUGAAAUAAAGAAGAAUUUACAAUCAAGAUUAGAAGAUACAGUAGUGAAAUUAUAUACAUAUAACACAAUUAUUCACGAGAAACUAAUUCAGUCGUCUAUGACGGAAUUAACACAG